AAAGAAAAAGUGACCCACCCGUUCGCUCAGUUGUAAACAAGAAAGUGGGAAUAUUCGUAAUCGCUUCACAAUUGACGCCAUUACUUUUCUCCAUUAAAUUCUUUCUUCUUCUUCUCGGCGAGUGAAGUUACCAAUCAUCAAUCAUGGCUGACGUUGAAUCAACAGCAGCUUGCCAGCCUCUAUCUCUCACCAACGCCCGGGAACUCUUGGAUUCAGUGGAUGCUUUCCUCCUCGACUGCGAUGGUGUAAUAUGGAAGGGAGAUACACUGAUUGAUGGCGUUCCGGAAACAUUGGAGUUGCUUAGAUCAAAGGGGAAGAAGUUGGUUUUUGUAACAAAUAAUUCAAUGAAGUCUAGAAAACAAUAUGCUCACAAGUUCCAAUCCCUUGGAAUCCCAGUUACUGAGGAGGAGAUAUUUUCUUCUUCAUUUGCUGCAGCCAUGUACUUGAAAGUCAAUGAAUUUCCUCCACAGAAGAAUGUGUAUGUAAUAGGUGGGGAAGGCAUAUUGGAAGAGCUAAAACUUGCUGGAUUUACUGGGCAUGGUGGUCCAGAAGAUGGGGCAAAAACUGUGCAGCUUAAAGCAAACACUCUCUUUGAGCAUGAUAAAAAUGUUGGAGCAGUUGUGGUGGGGAUUGAUCCGAAUUUAAACUAUUACAAACUACAAUAUGCAACUCUUUGCAUACGUGAGAAUCCAGGAUGCAUUUUCAUUGCUACCAACCGUGAUGCCACUGGCAAUAUGACUGAUUUACAAGAAUGGCCAGGUGCUGGGUGUAUGGUUGCUGCGGUGUGUGGGGCAACAGAGAAAGAACCAAUUGUAGUUGGAAAACCAUCAACCUUUUUGAUGGACUUCUUACAAAAGAAAUACAAUAUUCCCACAUCUAGAAUGUGCAUGGUAGGUGACAGAUUAGACACUGACAUUUUAUUUGGACAAAAUGCUGGCUGCAGAACACUUCUUGUUCUUUCAGGUGUGACAAGCCAGUCAACACUACAAGACCCCUCAAAUCGUAUUCAACCACAAAUUUACACAAACCAGAUUUCAGACAUUUUUGAUCUACUAAAAUCAUGAAUAAAAAAUCAUGGCUAAGGCUAACCUAUCAAAGUAUCAACCCCAAGAGAAAAUGAAGAAAUACAAACUGUGUGCAGAAAGAAUAUCUGUAUACAAGAAAUAAUACAAACAGACCCUUGUGUGUUCCUUCUGUUUUCAUGUAUUUUUUUUUUCUUUUGAAAAUUAGCGAAAACUAGCAACGUUCGCGUAUUUAAUGCCUCAAAUAGGCCUACGCCCAUCAUUUAGCGUUCAACAUUUGAUCACACACUUGGGUAUUUAUGUUGCUUUUUGAAUUGGAAUUGUAGUUAAGAUUAAUUUAAUAUUGAUGAAUGUAAUGAACUUAUGGUU